UUCUUUCACACCAUUUGGGAUCUUUGGAAAUCUCGUCCCUUAAAGUGAAGCCACGGCCGAUUAAAGCCAACGAACCUCGACGGCUCGUAGCUUUUUCACACUUCUUCUUCAAGUAGUACUUCAUUAUCGCUACUCUUGUCCACAUCCUCCGACUGAGACCCAAACUUCUUUGUCGUCUGCUGGUGGACAUCACCAUCAGCAACCCUCCAACAACAAUGUCUCUGCUCCCGCCCGACAUCCACGCAGAGCUUUCACAGCUCCUGCAAGCUCUGCAGUCCCCCGACAACAGUAUAAGAUCACAAGCCGAGGAGCACCUGCAGAACAACUGGACUGCCACCCGACCUGAGGUCCUGUUGAUGGGACUGGCGGAACAGAUUCAAGCUGCUGGCGACAAUGCGACACGAUCUUUUUCCGCUGUAAUCUUCCGCCGAAUUGCUUCAAAAACCCGCAAGAAUGAGGCCGGAGAGAGCAUGGAUCUGUUCAUCUCUUUGACCAAGGACCAAGCCGCCGUCAUUCGACAAAAGAUUCUCGAGACCCUUGCCGCCGAGUCUGAACGCCUCGUUCGCAACAAAAUUAGUGAUGCUGUUGCCGAGCUUGCCAGACAAUACACGGAGAAUGGCGAUGUUUGGCCCGAACUGCUUGGCGCUCUUUUCCAGCUUAGCCAAGCUCCCGAACCCGAGAAGCGAGAGAAUGCAUUCCGAGUCUUCGCUACCACUCCUGCCAUCAUCGAGAAGCAGCAUGAGGAGGCAGUUCUUCAAGCUUUCCAGAAGGGCUUCAAGGACGAGGCCGUCAUGGUCCGUCUUGCGGCUAUGGAGGCUUUUGCUUCAUUCUUCAGGACUAUUAGUAAGAAGGGACAGGCUAAGUACUACGCCCUUAUUCCCGAUGUCCUCAACAUUCUACCUCCGAUCAAGGAUUCUCAGGAUUCCGACGACCUCAGCAAGGCGCUCCUUGCUCUCAUCGAUCUCGCCGAGUCCGCUCCCAAAAUGUUCAAGCCUCUCUUCCAGAACCUCGUCCAAUUCAGCAUCUCGGUGAUUCAGGAUAAGGAGCUCGAAAACAUCUGCCGUCAAAACGCUCUCGAGCUCAUGGCUACAUUUGCCGAUUACGCCCCCUCUGUGUGCCGAAAGGACCCCUCCUACACAAACGACAUGAUCACCCAGUGCUUGAGUCUCAUGACGGAUCUAGGCGAGGAUGACGAUGAUGCUUCCGAAUGGAUGGCAUCCGACGACUUUGACCAGGACGAGAGUGACCAGAACCACGUUGCUGGCGAGCAAACCAUGGACCGACUUGCGAACAAGCUUGGAGGACAGACCAUUCUGGCCCCUACUUUCAACUGGCUUCCUCGUAUGAUGACUUCCAUGGCUUGGAGGGAUCGACAUGCUGCUCUGAUGGCCAUCUCUGCCAUCUCCGAGGGCUGCCGUGAUCUGAUGAUUGGCGAGCUUAGCCAAGUGCUAGAUCUAGUGGUUCCCGCUCUCCGAGAUCCUCAUCCUCGAGUUCGAUGGGCUGGCUGCAACGCUCUUGGUCAGAUGAGCACUGAUUUUGCCCCCAAGAUGCAGACCGACUACUACGACCGAGUUCUCAAGGCAAUCAUUCCUGUCCUCGACUCGCCCGAGGGUCGUGUCAAGUCUCACGCAGCUGCUGCUCUUGUUAACUUCUGCGAGGAGGCCGAGAAGGCCACUCUGGAGCCAUAUCUGGACGAGCUCCUCUCACAUCUUUUCCAGCUCCUUCAAAAUGAAAAACGAUAUGUCCAGGAGCAAGCUCUGUCAACAAUCGCCACUAUCGCCGACGCCGCUGAAGCUGCCUUCUCGAAAUACUACGAUACCCUCAUGCCUCUUCUUGUUAAUGUUCUCCAGAACCAGAGCGAGAAGGAGUACCGACUUCUGCGUGCCAAGGCCAUGGAGUGCGCCACAUUGAUCGCUCUGGCCGUUGGAAAGGAGCGUCUUGGUCAGGAUGCCAUGACUCUUGUCAACCUUCUGGCCAACAUUCAGGCCAACAUUACUGAUGCAGACGACCCUCAAGCUCAAUACCUCAUGCACUGCUGGGGCCGCAUGUGUCGUGUUCUCGGUUCCGACUUCCUUCCAUUUCUUCACAACGUCAUGCCUCCUCUGCUGGAGCUUGCUGUUGCCAAGGCCGAUAUCCAACUGCUGGACGAUGAUGACCAGGUUGAGCAGAUGCAGAACGAGGAGGGAUGGGAACUUGUUCCCCUCAAGGGCAAGAUGAUUGGUAUCAAGACAAGCACCAUGGAUGACAAGCACAUGGCCAUUGAGCUCCUGGUCGUCUACGCCCAAGUCCUUGAGGCUUCUUUUGCUCCCUAUGUAGCGGAGAUCAUGGAGAAGAUCGCUUUGCCUGGUCUUGCAUUCUUCUUCCACGAUCCUGUUCGAUAUAUCUCUGCCAAACUUGUUCCUCAGCUGUUGAGCUCCUACAAGAAGGCCUACGGCCCUCAGUCCAACGAGCUCCGUGGUCUGUGGAGCGCGACUGUCGACAAGCUCCUCGAGGUCUUGACUGCUGAGCCUGCCAUCGACACACUUGCUGAGAUGUACCAAUGCUUCUAUGAAUCUGUUGAGGUCAUUGGAAAGGAUUGUCUUUCUACAGAGCAUCUCAGCCGAUUCAUCGACUCGGUACAUUCUGCUAUUGAGGACUACAAGGACCGUGUCGCCCAACGUCUGGAGGACAAGGAGGGAGCCACUGCAGAGGACGUGGAAGAUGAGGCUGAGGAUACUCUGAUGGCUAUCGAGGACGACCAGACCCUGCUUUCGGAUAUGAACAAGGCUUUCCAUGCUAUUUUCAAGAACCACGGUGCUGCGUUCUUGCCUGCCUGGGAGCGAUUGAUGUCCACAUACGAGGGCUUCCUUACCUCAAACGAUCCCACCCAACGCCAGUGGGGACUCUGCAUCAUGGAUGAUGUCCUUGAGUACUGCGGUCCUGAGAGCACACGAUAUGCCAACUACAUCACCCAACCGCUCAUCGAUGGUUGCCGUGAUCCUUCGCCGGCUAUUCGCCAGGCGGCAGCUUACGGCAUCGGAGUCGCGGCGCACCGAGGUGGAGCACCGUGGGCGCAGUUCUUGGGAGGCUCAGUCCCCUUCUUGUUCCAGGUCACUCAGGUUCCUGACGCCCGUAAUGAGGACAAUGUCUACGCGACUGAGAAUGCAUGCGCAGCUAUCGCCAAGAUUCUCCACUAUAAUGCAAGCACAGUCGGAGACGUGCAAAACGUGAUUACGCAAUGGGUAGAGACUCUACCCGUGACCAACGAUGAGGAAGCGGCACCUUAUGCUUAUGCAUACCUUGCGGAGCUGAUUGACCAACGACAUCCAGCUGUGGCGAACCAAGCGGGCAAAAUCUUCGUGUAUAUCGCCCAGGCUCUCGAGGCAGAGACCCUCGUGGGACAGACUGCCAACCGGGUAGCACUAGCAACUAAGGGAUUUCUGACGUCGACCGGCGUUGACCCUACGCCCCUUCUGCAGCAAUUUUCUCCUGAGGCACAGCGAACCAUUAUGGGAUUCUUCAACUAGGAGGAGGCUCGCAGAUGGGCUG